AUGAAUUUAACUACACAGAAGGUCCCGAAGAUUGGGCCUGUCUUGUUUCAAGAGUAAGAUUAAAUAUAAUUAUUAAAUAUUUAAAAUAGUAUGUGCAAAGCAUGAUUUUGAUAAAUGUAGAAGAGAGGGAGGGCUGAACAAAUAGAGUUGGAGGGUUUGUGAAUAUAACAAUAUUAUAAAUGAACAUAUAGAGGAAAUAUAUUUUAAAUCUUUUAUUAAAAAUAUAUUUUAAAAAACACAAAAUAUUAUGGCUGACUUGAAAGAGAAGAAAGUAGAAGAUGAACAAUAAACAAAAAAAAUUAGAAUGAUUGUUACAUCCAGAAAUGCUUAAGAUUUGGAAAAUUUCACUAAUCAAGUUACUGAAAAGGCUAGAGUGAUCUAAGUAAUGAUUGCAUUUCAACAUUAAGAGAGAUCAAGGCUAACAAGUUGUAUUCAAAGGUCCAGUCAGAAUGCCAACAAAGCAUCUUAAAAUGACAGUCAGAAAGAGUCCUUGCGGUGAAGGUUCAAAGACUUGGGAUAGAUUUGAAAUGAGAGUAAUACAAUUAAUUAAGAAUUAGAUUCACAAAAGAGUAAUUGAUUUCUAAUGCACUCUACCAACCUUCAAGGAUAUUACAAACUUCAAAAUCGGCCCAGGAAUUAAUGUUGAGUUGAACGUAGAAUAAUGAUUAGUGAUAAUAUUAAAUUAUACAUUAAAC